UAAAGGUAUCGUUAGGAGUCAUGUGCUACUAGUGGAAGUGGUUAGGUUAAAGUGAACGAGCCUCUUCCUGUGUGAGAGCUGGUGAUAAAGGAUGGGGACAGGCUAUUCAGCUGAGGCUGUAGGUAUUUUACAUUCCGUCCCAAAAAAAGAUUUGAACCAGGGACCAUGAAGUUUAAUUUACACAAACAGGCGAAUGCUUCCCUGAACUCUGGGAUUGACCUGAAGGAGGUAGUCAAGCUGCCCCCCGGGGAAGAUAUGAAUGACUGGAUCGCUGUUCACGUUGUGGAUUUCUUCAACAGAAUAAACUUAUUAUAUGGUACAGUGUGUGAAUAUUGCACAGAACAGACCUGCCCCACCAUGAGUGGUGGACCAAAAUAUGAAUACCAUUGGUGUGAUGGGCAGACAUACAAGAAGCCUACAGCAUUACCUGCCCCUAACUAUAUAGCAUUACUGAUGGAGUGGGUGGAGGCACAGAUUAAUGAUGAAAAUAUAUUCCCUGUCAAAGUGGGUGUACCUUUCCCUAAAAACUAUCAACAAAUAGUCAAGAAGAUUCUGACACGUCUCUUUAGGGUUUUUGUUCAUGUAUAUAUCCACCAUUUUGACAAGUUGGUAGCCCUCAGUGCUGAAGCACAUGUGAACACAUGUUACAAACACUUCUAUUACUUUGUAACAGAGUAUAACCUUGUUGACAAAAAAGAAUUAGAACCUUUGAGAGAUAUGACAGCCAAGAUUUGCCACUGACCAAACGGAAGGAUAAAGCAGAUGCAGUUUCAUAGUGCAGAAUAUUGAACAGUGCAUAAGUUUACAAAAAUUGUAAAAAGUUCACAACACAUUUGAAAUUUCCAGUCUUUAAAUACCUUCUCCUCAGGGAGGGUGGGUGAAAUUAAAAUUGUCCAUAUAUGCAUUUUUAUUUAUAUUAUUUUUGUUGAAAAUUUCAGAGAAAAUAUUGAUUUUCCCAUUGUGUAAACAGAAGUGAAAUAAUAAUGACAAAAACAAUAUUCCUGAACAUUAUGUUUCUUUAACCAGGAUGCAGACAAGUGUUUGUUUUGGGGGUUUUAAUUAUGAAGGAUUGUUUUUGUGUAGUUGAUUUUAAUGGUUUUUAAAAAUAUUUUUGUACAAGUUUUAACAUUCUUUUUUUAUUCAUUAUUGCAUCAUUCAUCACCUAUUUUCUGAAGAUUUUUUGAUUACUGAAUCAGAGGCUCAAGUGAGCAAUUUUGAUUGGUGAUUGUCCAGCGUCUAUACCAGUUUGUCUUCAUGAUGUAUAUAUGUGUAUGUCACACAUUCUGCAUUUCUCUCACCUUUUCAAGAGCCAGAGAUGGCCAGUUCCAACUCUGUUUUGAUCAAGUAAAGGGGUUUUGAGCUAGUACCUGUAUGAAAGUCACAGUGGGGAAUCAAAAAUGAAAAUAUGUAGAAAUCUUUAUCAUCUUCUCAAGUACAAUAGGGCUGCGAUUGCAAUGAUAUGCUUAAAUUUGGAAUGACAAUGCAACAUUUAGGCUAUGUACAAAUUUAUUUGUCAAGAAAAGAGUUUUGACUUGGUGAGCUUUGUGGCCCAUGGACGUCAUAUUGUACCCUUGCCAACCUCAGAGAUUGUUAUUUAUAUGUUAAAAAAUAUUAUAAUUUAGAAGUAAGAUUUAGUAUCAUUACAUUUAAAAUUUAGUCUAAUAUUAGAAUAAACUAUAGCAAAAAUAUUAUAAUUUAUUUGCAUGUGUCAAUUAUUUUUGUUCUGUUUAUUUCUGGAGUGGCUUGGUUAUUCUCUCUCUGAAAAUGAAAAUAAGAAGAAGAUGUAAUGAAUUUUGAAAAUGGAAUGAUGUCUUUAUAAUGAACUUGUCAAGAAAUACCAGGCCAGAUUUUACAAGAUUAAAAUGAAAGUCUCUUUAUGUUAUGAAGAUCCAAGUAAUAUGAAAACCUGUUUAACGAAGAUUUGGUUCACAUCAUGAUCCAUAGAACAAAGAGCAGGCCAGAAAGAGGGUCCGAAGUUUAUACAGAAAAUAUUCUUCAAAUUUUUGUCUCAGGUGCUAGGGUUAUUCAUUUACCAAAAGAACAUGAAAGUAUCCUCAUAUUGUACCAGUUAAGUUCAUUCAAAUUGUAGUUCCGUAGUUCCAGGAAUUGGUAUAAAGUCACAAAAAAUGUUCAGAUUGGGAAUAUAUGUACCGGUAGUAAAUCAGAAAGAUGUUUACAGGUACAUGUAUGUUCAUUUAUAAAUGAAAAUUAUAUUGUAAAACUCUAAAAACAUAAUGGAUGCAAGAAUAGAAAAUACAGAAAGCCAAAAUUCAUAAUGGAAGUAAAAAAAAAAUGAUGAGAAAUACCUAUUUUGAAGUCAAUGUUAUAUAUUAUACAAUAUGGGAUAUUCUGUACAUUGUACAAAUCAGGAAUGUCAUUCUUGUAUGUGUGCACUUGUAUUGUGUUGCUUAUGUUCUCAGUAGUUAAAAGAUAUGUAGUUCUCUAGUCAUUAAACCAGAUACAUUUAAUGCAUUUAUUUAUACCAUAUUUUUAGAAAAUGAUGAAUAUAGUCAUAUAUAUUAAAAGCAUUAAUAUCUUGAACCAAUUGUCAAUGAAAUAUGCUGGCCAGAUUGUGGAAUAUACUUUUUUCAUUAAAUUUUGAGGAAUGUUUAGGGGAAUGUAUAUAUUAUUUACUGCAAAAGUGAAUUUUCUUUUAAGUGUCAGAAUGAAAGAAAGAGUGGUCUGGUAUCAUCUCUUUGCAUCACUUCUCAAUAUGUCUCAAAUAAAAUCGUUUUCUUUAAAA